AUGACAUCUCCUACCCCAACUCCAGCCCCGACGUCAGUCUCGGUAGACCCUAGAUUGGUCGGCUGGACGCAAGACGGCUCUACGUUUAUCUCACAGAUCUGCAACGUCGGCUCGGAAACAUUUGCAUUUGACGGCACGCGCGCGAGCUGCUGUGCGCCACCUAAUGCCACAGGCACGCCAGGGUGUCCGGCACGAACGGGGUGCGCUGGGAGGACUGUUUUGCAAAUUAAUGCAGGGGGACAUGUCUGUGAAACGGGAUCCACGUGUGUAGUGAACACGUUGAUCGAGCACUUUCCGACGGACCCGUUCGAAGUACAGGCUACGACGAGUAUGUAUGGCUGUAGGAGGACGGGAAAUGAAGGUGGGAAGUUAUUGUAUCGCGAGUCCCCAGUUUCAGCUUUCACAGCGACAGAGACCUUGUCGAGCUCGAGUAUACCUGUCGAGGUGCCGUCUGGGUCCGCAUCAGGAGAAGGGAGUUCAAAUAAUACACCACUAAUAGCUGGCGUUACAGUCGGGGUGGUGAUCGCUAUCGCGACAAUUGGAGCUAUUUCGUGGUUGCUGUGGCGGCGGAGACGGAAAGUAAAUAAGAUAGGCGGAGGUGAGGGUACAAUGGAUCGGAAGAUGGAUUAUACAGUUCAUGAAGCUGACAAUAUGGCUGAGCGACCGAGCGAACUGGACACCGGGAAAAAUACGAUGCCUGAAUCGGAUGUUGUUCAUGAGCUGCCGGACAGUGUUGCGGAAAGGUGACGAGUGGUUACGGUUUGGAACACAGUAACGUGAUAUCUGCAUACCAUUUCAAAAUUCCAGCGCCUCUGCGAAAGCAGCCACUGUUCAUGAUCCUUUCACCGCUUUCUGCUUACGCCGGCAAAGUAUUGUUUUGACGCUUCCUAUCAUUGCAAUUCAACGGCCAGCCCCUAAGUUCAGCGAUCAUCGGAGUCCCGUUACUCCCUAGUCAUUCAUGAUGUUGUUUGUCAUGCUUCUCAACUAUUCCAGUGCAUG